AUGUAUAUUAAAUUAAACUAUUUGAUGACGGGCUAUUAUUUUUACAACACGGGAUUUUACAACUCAUAUAAUGAAUCUGCCACUGCUUUUCAACCAGAUCAACCAGCUACCCAAGAUAAAAAAGUCGCGAUGAUUGCAUCUCCCAAUCUCAACGCAAAGUUGCUUCAAAAAUCGCAUGAUUCUUUCCUUUUCGAUGUAAACGCAUACCAAGCUUUUCAAACCCAUCAAACCGCACAUUCAGAACGUAUACAUAUUGAUUUACAAGACUCCCAAAACUUGAGUAAUAAGGGACACCAUGCAUUACCACUACAGAAUAUAACCCAGUUGUGUCAAAGUAUGAUGGUGGAAAAUCAAGCUGGUUAUGCCAAUGAAUUCAUAUCACCACGGUGCCGUUUUUCUGAAAACAUGCAUCCUGCAUUAAUUCAACCCACUGCCUCGCAUGCAAACCUAUUUUGUCAUUUACAGGUACACUCUGACAACGAUUCAGCGACUUUAUCGCCUGAUAAUACUCAACAACUUGAUCUCUACGACGAUAUCAAUGGUUUGUGGAUAUAUAUCAACAACAAAACUCUAGAAAAAUUUGCAUUUGCCUGCAGUGAUGAGUUUUCCAAUGCAACAUUUUUACCUCAUCUUUCCGAGAUUUUAUAUGGAACUAAAACAUUACCAAACACCCAUGUAGCAGUCAUUGCACAAAGUUACACCCCAUAA